AGCCAACUCACCCUGAUCUGAAAUCGUUUUUUUUAAUUCCUACACACAAUUUAUUAUUUCACCAGAUCUGUACCUGAAAGUUUAAAUUUUUCCUCUGUUUGUCGGAAGAAUUGCGCAUUGCGCUAAUUUUUAUUAUUUCUGUUUUCUCAGAAGAGAUAAAAAACGACUACCUUCCCUCCAAACAGGUCAAGAAUUUAAACUUUCGGUGCAGGUGUGGCAAAAAUAAAUUUAAAUUGUUGAUAAUUUAUUUUCUAGUUUAACAACGGAUUUAGCUUACUGAGGUCGUUGUUGUCGAGAUAUUCAUGUGCGUUUUUGUUUAAAAAGUAAAACAAGCUAACCUUUAAAGUGAAACACCGUUAAGUAAAAUAAUAUUUCAAUUCAUUAAUAAAAACUGCAAGAAGUUUUCAAUUUUAUUUAUAAUCCUGAAAGUGAAUAAAUAAGUUUCAUAAUUGUUUUCAAAAUGUACACAUUCCAACCUUACGUUUUUACUGAACAUUCUCCUAAUGGUAUUGCAAAACCUAAAGGAAGAAUUAAAUCAAAUAUAGGAUGUGAUGGUAAAAAUUUGUACGUUUACGAAGGCAUGGAUCCAACGACUGCUGUGGCUUUUCGAGAUGAAUCAACUGGUUCUUUGUUUGACGAAUCACGGUCUGACUUUCGUGAUAUCUGGGUGUACAAUUUAGCUGAACAACAAUGGAGAUUAAUGAGAAAUGAUAGUAAUUUACCACAUGAUAAAGAUAUCAAUUUUGGUGCUAUUUUUGAAUCAAAUUAUUUAGUUACUUGGACAAUACGAGUACCUUUUAAUGACAAACUUUCAAGUCGCAAAGGCCGAUUACAUAUUUAUGAUUUAAAUACUGAAAGUGCACUUGCCCGAAGGACAACUGGACAAAUUCCAAAUCCUUCAUUUCCACAGAAUUUCAUUCGCCAUGGAAAAUAUAUUUAUACUGUCGGAAUCGAAAAAAAUUAUGAAAACUUUUCCGAUGUAUAUAAAUUAAACAUGGAAAAUGGUGUAUGGGAAGUUGUCUACAUCUGUCGAGGACUUGUUGCCAAUGAACCAGUUGGCAGAAUGAAUAGUACUUUAGUUUAUGGUAACAAUAUGAUUUAUAUAUUUGGUGGGGUGAUGGAUGGUUCUGGACUUAAUCCAUUUUCGUUUGUCCAAAUAUCGGCGUUUGAUAUAGAAAAAUGCCGCUGGAAAAUAAUAGACACUCUUGGUGAUGAAAAUCACAUACCGCAAUAUCCAUCUGAAAGAGAUCAUUUUGGGGUAACGAGUUACACUGACCCGGGUUCUGGUGAAAUAAAUGUGAUAAUAUCUGGAGGAACAGUUGAUAAUAAUAGAGAUACGUUCAAUGAUGUCUGGAGAUUGAAUCUCACAAGUUUAAAAUGGACGUGUCUUGAGAGAUUUGGUACUGUCUUACCUUGUCACAUUGAUAGUCAUUCAAUGACAGUUUCUCCUGCUGGAAAAUUAUUCACAUUUGGUGGAUAUAUUUUUAAUAAUGAUACGCAACAAGGACUUUGUUUAUCUACUUUACACUCAACUUGGCUCAGGAUUCCCAAACUCACAGAUAUUUGCUGGGAAGCUGUUUUCCAUUACUACCCAAACUUGAAAGCAAUGACUGACAAAGAAAUAAAGUCUCUCGGUAUCCCACCACACUUCUUCAAGUCCCGUAUUAAUUAAUGAAGUAUCUAUAAACAAAUUCUAUGUAUUCAUUGUAAUAUUUAUGACACACUAGCACUUAAAAUUGUAAUGGUCAGAAAUUCAUGAAAAUUGCUGAAAAAUUGUGUCAGAGUUAAGUACGGAUGUUUUUAUAUGCAAAAAUUUAUUAUAUAAACAUUUAAGAUAAACAAUUCAAUAGUUAAAUUA